UACCCAGUUUCAGAACUUCUGCGAUAGUUUUACUAAGGACGAUUGUGUGGUAUCUGCAGAAGGACAGACACAGAUCAAUAGAACAGAACAAAGAACCCAGAAAGAGUCCCCACAAAUACGCUCAACUGAGUUUUGAAAAGGGAGCCAAAGCACUUCAGUGGGGGGAAAGCUGGCCUUGCGACAGACUACAGCCAUUUCAAGCUUGUGAUGAACACACAGACGCCAGACUCAGAAAACAGCACCAGGAGCGAAGGAAGACGGGGCUUUGACGGCGGUCCCGCCAGGUGGUGACGGGAAAGGAGGGGUAGACGGUGCCCAGGGCUCUGUGGGCGGGGCCAGAGGAGGCACCCAAGGGGCGCGUCCGCGGGCCGAGCGGGCGGGAAGCUGUCCAAUCAGCGUCUGGGCAGAAGCGCCAAUGAGCGGGAAGGUUGUUGGGCGGUUGACGUGAGCGGCGGGUCUGAGCCCCGGCAGCUGAGCGCGGCGGAAGCGAGCCCUCCUUCCCUCUCCGAGGCUGGCUCGUCCCCCCAGCGCCCGGGGACCCGGUUUCGUUGUUCUCGGUGGGGACAGCACCCCGGAACCUCCACGGCCAUGGGCGCUCGUCCGAGGACGGCCUCUUUCAGCUCCUGUUCGUCCUCCUCGACAGACCCAGACGACGAGGGAGUGCGCGGCCCUUGCGAAGAUGCUUCUCCGUGCAGAGAACCAUCCGUUGAGACCUUCUGACGAGAUCAAGAAAGACAGAGGAACACAGCCUACACCUGGAGGGUCGGGAGCUUGGAAAGCAAUCUCAGAGCCGGUGAUGGCGAUCUCUUCAGAAACUCAGCCUCGCCAGUGCCCUUGGCGGCUCGAAGUCCUCUGCCCUGUUUCUUAUAUUGCACAUAUGAGUGAAACCAUUUGAUAUUUGACUUUCUCGGAUUGACUUAUUUCGCUCAGCAUAAUACCCUCCAGUUCCAUCCGUGUGCAUGUAAAUGGAAUAGAAGGAGGAAUUCACAACAAAAGAAAGAACCGGAGGAUGUACUCUCUGCCAUAGAUCUAAUUGAUAUGGACACAAUUGAGCUGAGCCUAAACCAAGAGUUGGCCGUUCAACUGACUGAGCCACCCAGCUGCCCCUCCAUUUGGUUGAAAUGAGAGAGACACAGUGAGAGAUGGAACACAAGCAGGCUUCCCGAGGAGCAGGGAGCCCGAAGCGGGGCUCGAACCCAGGACCCUGGGAUCAUGACCUGAGCCAAAGGCAGAGGCUUAACGACUGAGCCACCCGGGUGCCCCCGUCAUUUUAUUUUAUAUUCCUCUUAUUUUGGGGGGUGAAGUUGAAGAUCGUUUUUAUAUGUUUAAGAGCCAUUUAUAUUAUCUUUUACAGUGAACUGUCUGGUCAAGUAAGGAAUUCCUUUCUUGACCUUAGUAAAAUGAUAGUAACACUGUUAGGCUCUGAAGUCCUUUCUAUCAAGGCAGUGAAGGGAUUUGAGAUGGGAGGGUGACUUAGUCAGAUUGAGAAAGUGACCAAAUGACCACAGUCCUUGGGCAUGCAGGGAAUCCUCACCCUAAAGAUGGAGCCUAUGGGUAGAUUCUGUAAGAAAUGGAAAGAAAGUGCAAAGUGGUGGUUCCUGAGAAUAAGGACAUGGACCUUACUUGGAGCUGAGGGUGAACCCAGGCAUCAGGGAGAUGGGGCCAGGCCUGGCUAAGAGGCCUGAAAUCCUCUCUCCCAGGCUCCUGAGGCAGCUUUCCUAACCAGGGCUACAGAGGUGGGAACCCAAGUUGGGGCCCUGGGAGCUAGACGCCCCAGGCAGGGUGUCAGCCGGCCUUCCUUCCUUCUUCCUCUGCAUGGGCUGGCAUCUCCAGACCGGACCCCCUAGGAGAGGGCUUCCCAGGCAACAUGUGGUGAGCAUCUUUAAAGUUUUGUUCCAAUAAUCUCUCUGUUGUGGACGAUAUUCUAUAACAUACAUGAAAAAUGAUUUCCUAGAAAGAUAAAAUGCAAGAGACACAUCAAAUAGAAGCUCAAGUUAUUUAUGAGGAGAAUCAAUAGACGUAGAAUUCCUAUGUCACAUUGCAGUAAGUUUCUAAAUGCUACUGAAAUUUUGUUCUUAAAGUAGUUAUACUUUAAACAACAGGGCUUUAGAACAGAUAUUAUCUUCCAUUUCCCCCACUUAGAACAGAUACUGUUUUCCAUUUUCCCCCCUUUUAUUCCUCAUCGCCUUCACUCCAGCUCCCCAACCCACAGCUGAACCAGUCCAUUUAUUCGGCAACGUUUGCUCAUGCCUUCCCCUCCCGCAGACGGUCUAUGAGGCCACUUUAUAAACAGGGGCUCUUACCCACACAGGAUGGAGAGGAAGGGAACGUGGUGGAAAUACGGCUUUUCUUUUCUUUUUUUUUUUUUUUUUUUGCUUUGACAUUUAUCUGCCCCAUUUCCUGACCCCAGAAUCUUAUUUUCGUCAUGAUCUCGCAUUGUUGAGUUUUCACAGAGUCUUGAGAGGCUUACACCUAACCAAGAGAAAGUACAUUUCCAAGAGGAACAUUUAGAUCUGAUUUUUCAUGUAAAACCCUUGUCUUUCUUAUGUAAAAUUAUGGGACUUUUUUUUUUUUUAAGAUGGUUAAUUCCACCAUCAAGUAGAUUGUACUUACUUGAGUUCAAACAGCUUUUUAAAAAAAAAAAACUGGGUGUUACACGCAAAUCAUGAAUCAUGGAACGCUGUAUCAAAAACUACUGAAGCACUAUAUGGUGAUUAACAUAACCGAAAACAAAAAACAAGAGAAUGUGAAAGUCACUCUUUCUCCCAUGAAGUCCACAGAUAAACCGCUGACCCCAAAGAAGAGCAGAAGAGUCCUCAUUGGCUCUUCUCCUGGGCUGGGCUCUGCAGGGAUGAUUUCCAACCUGACUGAGCGAUAGCUUGUCUCUGUCUCUCGGGAUAUUUUGCUCGAGUCCAUGGCAUCAGCCAGCUGCUGAAGGCAUUUCUACGGAAGACAGAAUGUCAUUAUCAAAUUCUAAAUCUUGGGGCUGGGGUAGAUACCACCUUCUGGAGAUUAAAGGUAAAUGAAAAUUCCCCUUCUUCUUUCCCGAAUUGUUUCAUUCGUGAAGGUGCCCGCCUGGUUCAAAAAUGUUAAAAAUAUAUUCAGAAGGAAUGCAGUGACUGCCUGUCUCGCGCCCCUGUCCCCAGCUGCUUGCACCUGCUGCCACCCUCAGCCACAUACGUGAUGUCCCCAGGGCCUCGCUGAAGGAUAGGUGCCUGGCUUCCCAUCCUUUGCUGUUGCAACAGGGGUUAUGAUAAAAAAAAGUCCUUGUAGACAUGUCCUCAGCACGUGUGGAAGAGCCCUGCCAGUGGAAUUGUGAGACCCAGAGCCCCUGCAUCUGCCAUAUUGACGAUAAGGAAGAGGUUUCCUUUUUUAUUAUGUUAUGUUACUCACCAUUCAUUACACCAUUAGUUUUUGAUGUAGCGUUCCGUGAUUCAUUGUUUGUGCAUCACACCCAGUGCUCCGUGCAGAACGUGCCUUCCCCAAUAUCCAUCACCAGGCUACACCAUCCUCUCACCUCGCUCUCCUCUAGAACCCUCAGUUUGUUUUUCAGAGUCCAUAGUCUCUCAUGGUUCAUCUCCCCCUCCCAUUUCCCCACCUUCAUUCUUCCCCUCCUGCUAUCUUCUUUUUUUUUUUAACAUAUAAUGUAUUAUUUCUUUCAGACGUACAGAUCUGUGAUGCAACAGUCUUACACAAUUCACAGCGCUCACCAUAGCACAUACCCUCCCCAAUGCCUUAUCACCCAGCCACCCCAUCCCUCCCACCCCCCACCACUCCAGCAACCCUGAGUUUGUUUCCUGAGAUUAAGAAUUCUUCGUAUCAGUGAGGUCAUACGAUACAUGUCUUUCUCUGAUUGACUGAUUUCGCUCAGCAUAACACCCUCCAGUUCCAUCCAUGUCUGAUAACGAUGAUUUUAUGGUCGUCAUGACAGUGUCCUCGGUACGGUUUGAGGAUGUGCAAGGCUGGGUGAUGGUGAUAUGAAACAAAGGCCUUUUGUAGCUGUUCCCUGAUUUGGUCCCUCACCUGCUCUGUUAGGGGGCAAGAACAGGUGUAUGUAACUACGCUCAUUGACGGGAAAGGCGACGGGUCUGGUUAGUGGCAGAACCAGGACAAUAGGACUGCAGCUCCUGCAAGUCCGGGUUCCUUCCCUGUUCUCUACACAGGGCCUUGUGCUUGUUCAGGGGAAUCUUUGCGGUCUGUCGAUUCACGGUGUGUGUGUACCUCAGGCCCCACGUCUGUGUCCCGUGUCAUAAGUCAUAAAGGCACAGCCACGGCGCUUACUAGGGCAGGUCCUGCUGGGAGAGUCUCCCGUGUAUGUAUUUCCUCAGGAAUCCUCACAACCCCGUGAGGUGCUAUCACUUUCUCUACUGUGCAGACGAGGAACGCUUGGCCCGGGGAGGUGAGUGACUUCCAGCGCCUCACAGCAGACACGUGGUGGAGCUGGGAUCGGAAGCCCAUUCCCCGGCUCCAGAGUGCCGGCCCUUUCCCCCCACCGUGCUCUCCUCUCACAGAAAAAGUAGUAGUACCACAAGCUGGUGCUCGCCCUCACAGUGUGGGGUGCUUUGUGAUAUUUGCUCUUGUAUCCUAUUUGAUCCCCUAAAUGCUGGUUCCCCCCCCGCCCCCCCCCACAGUGGUUUCCUGACCCUCCCUAAUCUGUCUCAGUCUGGGUUUUGGAAAAGUCUGUUAGGUUCUACUUCCCCAGCACCUCUCAGUGCGUCCCCACCUCUCAGUGUCCAUCCCCGUGGCGGCUGCCCCAGUUCAGGCUCCCCAUGACUUCUUCCCUGGACCUUCUUCCUGGAUGGCUGUGAGAUCCUCCUAACUUUUGUCCUCCGUCCGUUCUCCAUGCGGAGACCAAAGUCACCUAAAAAAUACAUUUCUGACCAUAGUGUUCGUAAUUUAAGGCGCUAAGUCCACCUUUGCUGUUUGGGGCCUAGUGUUCAGUCCAUGAAGAUGGUCGGUCAAUGUAUGAGGGAAUGCAGAAUUAGAAAACGUACUGUGUAUUUGUCCUCAGGAUGAAGAUCUUCUCCCAGGUAAGUAUUCUGAGGUCGACUUUCCAAUGAUAGUCACGAGAAAGCCGCACAGCACCACCGAACCUCACUGUGGGGUUGCUCACAAGGUCCUCGAUCUUGGGACGAGCACGUGGCCCUGCAAUGCUCUAUGAAUGGAGAACACACAGGAUGGACGUGCCAUGCACACACGUGCUUUGGUCAGACUGAACUCCCCUUUUGACCCCACUAUUGGGGAAAAAAAGAAGCAAAAGCUGUGGAAAACUCACACUUUCAUAUGUCUGCCAGCCUAAAGAGUAGGUCCAGUACAGCCACCUGCCCCAAAGACGUUGAAAGAUGUGCCCCAGAUAACGGGGCACAUGACAGUCACCUGCAGGAGCUCUCAGAACCACCCGUCGUUCCUGUUGCAGCAGCCUGAUGGUCUACCAAUUCCGGUCUGUUCUGUCAUUUCAUAAUCGAUCGUGUUUCCUGUCAAGCAUUAAAGCAGCCCCAAAGAAACCUGGAGAAGAAUCGGCUCCCAAAUCCAAAGGGAGAAACGCUUUUUCAAAAGCUAUUCAAAAUUAAACUAAAAGUCGUCCCAAGGCGUUUCCACAAUUCUUUCCUCGCAGUUCCCAAUUUCUCAAUGUCAAGGUCUUGGGCAGUCCGGUCCACAGGGGCCCGGCUUUGGAGACAGCGGCACCUCUACAGUGCCUGGAUGGACGCCCGAACCUCGUAGGCGGAUCCGAUGGGCUCUGAUGGCCCCUUACUUAUUUAGUGCCAUGAGGCACUGGGAGGUGGAGGGUCUGCAGCGGCGGGGCGACCCGGAAAGCCUGAGGCCAUCGCCCGCAGAGCACAGCGUCCGCUCGGCCUGGGGCUCACUGGUUCCCGGAGUUUUCAGCCAGGGCAAAGCCCGGGGGAGGGCAGGGGAAGGCUCGGGUCCAGUGCGCCCAGGGCGAUGCUGGGUGGGGCCUGGACAGAGGGCGACGGGGACAGCCGACCCACCCAGCUGCUCCCCAGGGGCUCGGGCAGCGGCACCGAGCCGGGCUCCAGGUCUUGGCGUGGCGCAGCCCCAGGCCCAGACCCCGAGGCCUGAUGUGGGGCGGCGGCAAGGGACAGAGCGCGCGACCAGGAGAGCAGCCGGCCCUCCCGCGCCCGAGCCUGGUCUGGGCUCCUGCCGAUCCGGAUCGACGCGCUCGCCUGCCCACGGUCUGGUUGGUCAGCUGCUUCAUGCAGCUGGAUUGCUUCUUGCUGGCGGCGGCGGCGGGGGCCGGCACGGCCAGGGCCGGGCAGCUCGAGGAAUCGCCCGGGGGGAGGGGGGCCGACGUCGCUUCAUGUCCACCCGAGGCGGCAGUGGAAGCGGCUGUGGGCCCGGCGCCCCCCCCUCGCCGCCUCUCAUCCAGUGGCGCGGCAGGUCGGGGCCUUGGGAGGCCAGACCCGGGACGCGGUACCCAGCCCGUCCUCCACCCAGGGCGGGAACCCCGGGGCCGCCCUGUGCAGGGCCCGGAGGCCCCCUCUCGGGCACCGCCACCGCCGCCCGCGACCCCCUGCCGGGUCCAGCCGCACACCUCCGCGAGGCAGCGGAUGCGCGCAGCGCACGGAGCCACCGGUGAACCGCCAAACCCCGGUGUGGGACGCACUGUCCCCGCAGAGCUGGCAGGGCACGGAAGGACGGAACACUCUGGAGCCUCUGGAGGCUGGAAAUGCCCAAAGUCUCCUUGAGGGCCGUGCCUCUGCGCAGGUGUAGAUAUUUGUCAAAUGCACCUAGGAUCUGCUCUCCUAGGUGAAUGGAUGCAUUGCAUGCAUUGCAUGCAUUGCAUGCAUUUCCUGGGGGAAAGUCCAGGGCCAGAUGCAUUUUCUGUGGGCGGGCACCUGGGGGCAGUCAGGCAGGAGCACUCGCUAGGGGCCCACCCAGGACAGCCAGGAAGCAGGGGGAACAGGGGAAGGGGCCCAGCCCUGCGUGGGAAGUCGUGGGGCUGAGCGUCUGGGACCGGGACCGGUGGCCAGAGUCGGCCCUGGGAAGGCCCAAGGUCUCGGGCUUUCCUAGCAACGUGGCCUGCGCAGGGGAGGCGCGUGCCGGGCCCGCGCAGGCGUUGCCUAGAAACGCCUGUUGUCUUCUGAUUCUUAGCCUGGCGCAAGCAGGCGUUCUGGGACACUUGGCGGGGUAGUCCGACUGCGCUGGACGCUUUUCCACAGCGGACCGCGACAGUUAUAUGACCCGCGAAGAUGUGCUCCUGGGUUGGUGGCCUGGGCUCUGGCCUAGGCCAUUCCCAGGGAGGAGUGGAUGGCAGUGAGACUUCCUUGACCGGCUCCAACUCGGAUCUCACCAUGGACUUUGGUGAUGUCAUAUCAUCUCAGACAGAAAUCAAUAGACUCCUCAAUGAGAUCCAAAGACUGGAGGCUGAUCUUACACUUUGGAAACAUUUGUCCAAGGGACCGAAUAGCUCAGACUCCAAUGCCAUCUGGAAACUGAAGAGCACCAUCAGGGACCUAGAAGAGAGGCGGAUGAGGGAGAUCGAGGAACAUCAACUCGGAGUUGCGAUACUGCACAGUGUCCAUCAAGAAAAACUGGCCGACAUCACUGACAGGCACCGCAAACAACUCCUCGAGUAUGAAAGACGGAUAGAAGACCUGCAACAUCAAGAGUCUGCCAGUCAUGGGAAAGAUGACUUACUUCAAGAAAGGGAAACUGAGCUUAGAAGGUUGAAGCAACAACUUGCAGAAAUGGAGCGGCUGAAUGACCGUUUAAACAACGUUGCUUCUGAUCUCAGAGCAGAAAACCAAAAGUUGGUUUUGGCGCUCCAGGAUGUAAGACAUCAGCUGGAAGAAUCUAUUCUCCGGAACAACGAGGAUUCUCUGGAAAACAACACUGCUGUGAGGGCUUUAAAAAUAGAAAAAGGACGGUUAAUAGCAAAAUUGGCUCGGGCGGAAAAGAAGCUGUUGGAGGAAACAAACAAGGAUGAGCAAACUAUCAAAGAAUUGUCCCCUUUAGAGCAUGUGCAUUGCAUUCAACACAGUCAAGAGAAAGACCUGGAAAUAGUACACCUCAAAAAGAGGAUCGAGCAGAUGGACGCCGACCAUACAGAAACGAAGGAAAUGCUGUCCUCUGCUCUGGAGGAGCAGAAGCGAUUGACACAACUCGUUAAAGAGAAAGAGAUGUAUAUUGAAGAACUUACAGGAAGUCCAGAGCUUCAGGAGGAAUUCGGUCAGUCUACCCAAACCUUCAGAAGUAAUGACAUUUCCCAGCCAUCCGUGGAGGACAAAGACAGGUGUCUCCCAUCCGUGACAGGCGAAAAUCCUCAUCUGAGAGAAGAACUGGAGAGCCUAGGACAACAGAGUCGCUCUGUUCCUGCGCUCGACCCUAAAAUCCUAGACGAGAUCGUAGAACUGGAGUGUGAGGUGUUUCAACUCCAGGAGUUAAAGGAUGAUCUCGAGGAGGAAAUCAGAGAGCAGCAGAAGAUCAUUCACAACCAGCAGCAGGGGAAGAUAGGACUGCUUCAUUCUUUACAAGAGCAGAAGCAGAAAGUGGAGCAGCUCCAAUACCAGCAGGAGCAGAUGAAUAUUGAACACGCUCAGCUCCUUUCAGCGAAAGACGAGGAGAUUCAGCAUUUGCAGGACACGAUAGACCAAAUGAAAGCCCGGUUGCCUGACAAAAGCCAGCACAUUCCGACAGAAGACUGUGAUGAUGUGGAAGUCCCAACCAGUCAGCCUCUUCCCAGACAAAACGCAAGUGAAAAGCUUGAUUCACGUGAAGCCGAAACUCAAAUAUCAGUCCUAGGAAUCAAAGAACACGAACUGGAGAUGAAGCUUCUAACUGAACAGAACAUCCGACUGACGGAACAGAUCGAUCGGCUCUCCAAAGAGGAGAUUGGUAAACUAACUCAGAUUAUCCAGCAGAAAGACUUGGAGAUUCAGGGUCUUUCCAGCAGGAUCUCUGCGGCUUCUCACAGCCAGAACCGGGACGUGGAGCGACUUCAGCGGCAAUUGCAAGAGUACGCUUGGAAAAGCGAACAGGUCUUGGCGGUCUUAAAUGAGAAAACGAGGGAGAACAGCAAUCUGAGGACAGAGUAUGACAAAAUGGCGGAUAGGAUGGCUGCCACAGAAGCAGACCUCCGGCGGAUGCAAGAGGAAAAUCAAAAACUGUCCACUAGAAUGGACAGUAGUGGUCAGGAGAUGUUUAGAGAAACGAUUCAGAAUUUAUCACACAUCGUUCGAGAAAAAGACCUCGAAGUGGAUGCGUUAAGUCAGAAAUGUCAGACUUUAUUGACACUCCUGCAACCCUCCAGCCCUGGUAAUGAGGUUCGAGGCGUUCAUAUGGAUCAGUUCAAGCAGCUUCUACAGGAACGGGACACAUUAAAACAGCGAGUGAAGAUCAUGGAAGAGUGGAAACAGCAGGUGAUGACCACAGUCCAAAAUAUGAAGCGUGAGUCACCCCAGCUUGAGAGAGAGCUGGCACAACUCCAGGCGCGGGCUUUCACCAGCAGCGAGAAGGAUUCUGAACUACCGACGACCUCUAGUGACCUGAUGCAGACGUACAAAGGCAAUGAAAUAAAAUUACAACAUUUAGAGAAGGAACUGGCACAAAUUCAGCUCAGCAUCGGGGAGCUUUGCAAUGCCAAGGAUCUCCUUCUAGGGAAACUGGACGUGAUUUUCCUCGAGCCCUCCCCCGACUGCUCAGAGUCAGCGGACUCUCUGGAGCCCGUGAAAUCUGACAGAGUGGGUGAGGCUUCUGAGUUGCUCCAAGUGGAGGUAGAAGAGCUGAGAAAAUCAAUGCAAGAAAAAGAUAGGAUGAUUCGAACCCUCCAGGAAGAUAAGCAGAGAUGGACUGAUUCAGUGGCUGCCACGUGGGAAGGAGAAGGCCCAGAACAGGAACACAGGGAUUCCGACAUCGAGCAGCUGAAGGAGAAACAGGCCGUUCUACAAAACUUCAUUCGGGAUCAGGAGCUCCGAAUCCAAGCGAAAAGUGAGGACUUGCUUUCUUUGCAGGAGAACUUCCGUAGCCAAGUGAGUGAAAAUGAACUUUUGAGGCAGACGGUCACCAAUCUGAAGGAGAGAAUAGCAGAGUUGGAAAUGGAUGUGUGUCAACCGAGAGAGGAAAAUGCAAAAGUCGAGGAAAACUCUCGAGAAAAGGCAGUGGGAGAUGAGGCAUUGCAAGAGACAGAUAGGCUGCUUUCAGUGAUGCGGAGAGAGGAGGAAUCCCAGGGUGCUGCGAUGAAAGAGAAGGCACUUGCUUUGGAGCAACUAUCGCAAGAGAGAGAAGAGCACGAGACCGGGGUAUUGAACCGGCCGGUCAGUGCAGUUCCAUCAAUGCAGGGAAAGACAGUUCUGUGCCAACAGGGGAGAGAUGAAGUCCUGUUGGCCCUGACACAGAAACAAAUGGAAACCUGUGCCCUCCAGAAGGAGGUUUGCCAUUUACGUGAGAGCGAAUUACGCCUAACCCAGGAGCUGGAGAGACGGCGACACCUCGCUCUAGAAGCCGAAGACGCUCAUCGCCGGGAAGCUCUGGCCUCAGAAGACAAAGUGGCUCAACUCAGGAAGGAAGUGACGGUCUUGCAGGGAAGACUCGUUUUGUCUUCCACUGCCAUGGAAAAUGCCAGCCGAGGAGCCAGUCUGCAGGUAGAGUCGCUGCAGGAGCAACUGCACGUGGUGACCCAGCAGAAAGAGGACACUGCGCUCCAGCUUGCUGCCUCGCAGGAAGAAGGAAGGCAGUAUGGUCACAUCCUAGCUGACCUCAAGUUGGAACUCGCCGAAUGGAUGGAAAAGGCAGACAGCCUCGAAGGAAAACUGAAGUCAUUGCAGGGACGAUUACAUAAAACAAAUGCUGACUUGGAGCUGAAGGAAGACCAACUCCAAGAAUUCCAGAAACAGAAUGAGGUCCAGCAGGAAAUCCUGGAGGACACACAGAAGAAACUGAUGAACUUAGUCAGUAAGUCCGAAGGAAUGGUGGACAAAACCCUACUAAGGAGACUCUUCCUGGGAUCUUUCCAAGCCCCUGACGCUGAACGGCAGGAAGCCUUAAGGUUGAUGGGAAGCAUGCUGGGGAUCCGAGAAGACCAGAUGCGGCAGCUGUUCAGUGAAGGGCCAGGUGGUGGUACCAGCUGGAUGAGUCGGGGGCCUGGAUCCAAAAGCGCCCCCAACACACGUGUGAAGCCAAAUCACCGACCUAUGGCCAAGAAUUCUUUUUCAGGGCUUUUCGUCCAGUUUCUAGAAGCGGAAUCUCAUUCAGCUUUGCCACCACCAAAGCCCUCUGCUCAUGACGUGAAGCCCCCAGAUCCCGGAGGAAGGGGAAAACUGGCUAUGAAACAAGGCCCAGCACGUCUGAACACUACCCUAGCAUCCACAUCCCGGAAAAAAGAUGUGAAGCCCCGCACCACAACGGUGUCUCUUAUUACCCCACCUGGACCGGAAGCGGAUGGAUCGGAGCACCUUCUUCUAAAUGCCGUCACUGAUGCUUUGCCCACGUACGCACCCCAAAUACUGUCACCUGCGGAGAAGGUUGGAAUGGCGGCCAAAGGCCUCUCAAAGAAAUAGAGGAUUCUCAAGCCAGAGAUGAGACAGUGCUCGGAAGACCCCAAGUCACUCUGUGUGUUUACCUAAUCCCAAAAUGUCCUUUUGCAAAACGUAAUAUAUUUGCAGUCUUGCUUUCAGCUUAAUAAAAAUAUUCUUUUAUGAGUUAACAAAAAAAGGCAUCUUUUAAUGACUGCAGAGGUAUUCACCAAACUGAAAAUGGUGGGUAUUUCUUAUGAGAGUAGACACUGGUGGGGUUGGGGGCUGCGGUCAAUGGUACUUCCAGUAUUGUUUGUAAUGCUUUGAUGUUUUCAUAAGGAGCAUGUAUAUACAUAUACCUUUGGUAAGGAAAACAUCCACUCGUUUUAAUGUUCCCAACUUAUCAAAUACAUGAGCACCCACGCCUUGUUGGAGAAACUGGGUGUAUAGCAUGAAAGUUUAAGAUGAAUACAUUUUUUUAAAAAAUGCGAGUUUGAUUUUCCCAGUUAUGUCCCAUUUCUCUUUCUCCUUUUUUAUUUUUAAUUGUUUUUUCCAUUUCAUUUUAUGUUGCCUGGGAAUCUACUUCAUGGGUAACCUGAUUUAUCUCAGGCCUUUAGAAAUAUAUGUAUAUUUGUCUUUUUGGGCGUAUAGUAUUCUAUGACUUGCUUUUAAAAAAAAAAAUCACUCUGCCUUCGAGAUCUUUACAAAUGUGAAUGAAUUCCAAUUCAUUCUUUAAAAGGAAAUGCAGGCCUUUGUGGAUAUACCCUAAAUUACCGAACUAGCUCCUACUGAUCAGUAUUUAAUCGGUUUUUACUUCAAAUGUCCAUGGUCAACUCCCUUGUUCCUUUCCUCAGAAGCCACUCCAAAUCUUCGUUUGCAGUGCCAGGCUCAUUACUCCACUAUACUCUGGAAACCAUCCACUCAAACUUCUUUUCUUCUCCUUCUCCUUCUCCUUCUCCUUCUCCUCCUUCUCCUUCUCCUUCUCCUUCUCCUUCUCCUUCUCCUUCUCCUUCUUCUCCUUCUCCUUCUCCUUCUCCUUCUCCUUCUUCUUCCUUCUCCCUCUUCUUCUUCUUCUUCUUCUUCUUCUUCUUCUUCUUCUUCUUCUUCUUCUUCUUCUUCUUCUUCUUUUUAACGAUUUUAUUUAUUUAUUUGACAGAGCAGGAGAGCACAGGCAGGGCGGGUGGCAGAGGGCGAAGGAGAAGCAGGCCCCUUGCUGAGCAGGGAGCCUGAUGUGGUGCUUGAUUCCCGGGUCACUGAGAUCAUGACCUGAACCAAAGGCAGACGCUAAACUGACUGAGCCACCCAGGCGCCUCCCAUUCAGACUUCUUGAAAGAUCUCAUUCCAUUAAUUUUCCAUUGUGCUGUAUCUUCAGCCUGCCAAAUAUCUUAAAUCCUUCCCUCCCUUUCUGUUGCCAGUGCUCUGGUUCACCCAUUCCUGUCUCUUGCACAGACUAGUGCAGUAGACUGCCUACUGAUCUUGCUGGUUCCACACUCGGCCUCCUUUGAAUCCAUUCUCCAUGCUGCUGUCAGGGCGAACUGAGACGAAAAUCUGAUGUCACUUCCCUGCUGCCAUUAUUUGUGGGUUCCCUCAUUGCUUGGAGUUCGACCUUUAGGAGACCAUCCAAGCCCUUGCUUUUGCAGCCUUCCCUCCUGCGCAUCAUUCACAUACAGGCUGCCCUUUAGCCGCAGGGAAUUCUUACAAGCCCCCAAUAGAUUCUUAUCCAAAGAACUUCAAGUGCAUGAGCCUCAUCGUUGUGCCUUGCCAAAGGUACAAAGCAGAAGGAUUUCAUUUUUCUCCUCUUCACCCGUUGGUAAAGGGAGUGAUUCCCACCCUAAAGUUAUGGGAUGUCCGGAUGCUGAACAGAUGAGCUCGACACUAAUUUAUUACCCAUGUCUACUCGUGGCCCACACCAUGCAGGGCCACAAGGGGGUUUUACCUGGGAGCAGAAUGAAGAAGGGCUUUGGGGCGGGGGCAGACCUUGUAGUAACAAGAGAGUGACGGUGAGCCCUACUUCCUGCAGGAGGGCAUGACUGGCUUGCUGGAUAAUUGCACACGCUGUCAGGGAAAUGGACCUUACUCCUUGGGGAGAAACUGUGCCUGGUCCCUGGGAUAAAGAAGGUCGUUUGGCCAGGAGACCUGAUCUGUGGGAGCAGAGGGGGAAGGGAACUUUGGGUGAGACCGAGGCCAUUGGAGGCCCUCUGAUGUUCCCUGAUACUAAGACAACACUUCCUAUUGAAUCUUAAUCUCAGGCUUUCCAUCACAGUGGACUCUGAUAUCUAGACAUCAAUUUCAACCUGGGACUGAGACUUUUAAGGAGUAGGACAGGUGCUUCUCUAGGAAGUGAAAUUGUCACGUGAACAAGAGGGGGAGUUGGUCUUCAAAACCAAAAUGUAUCAACGGUCAUUGAUGGUCACUCAGUUGAUCCCAAGGGAAUCCUUAGGUAGCCAAGGGGUAGAAGGAAAGGCUGACGUCCUCCAGCACCAUGGAAUCUGGCAAUGGACUGUGGAUAGAAGCAGCCACCCCCACCUGCAGGUUGGAUAUGCAGACUUUGGCUUCAGCCUGUAGCAAGAAGGCCUUGGUAACUACAUUAAGCUGGUGGGGGUAUCAUGACCCGAGGCAGAGCAGACAGCGGGAUAUGAAGGCUCAGAGUCUGUAAGAGACUCCGUUUCCAGGAGAGCCCAGUGCAUGGUCAGCAAUUGCUGCUUUCAUGGUCUAUAACCCAGGGCCAAGGAGGGCCAUUUCUUGCAUUGGGAGUCCAUGGACGAUUCCAGUGACUCCAGGAAGCUGGAGAGGUAGUUGCUAAAGCCUUUUUACUUAGGGCACUAACGGGUGAUUUUUUUUUUUUUUUUAAGAUUUUAUUUAUGUAUUUGAGAGACAGUUGGAGCUGGAGGAGGAGGUCAAAGGGAGUGGGAGAAGAAGCAGGCUCCCCACUGAACAGGGAGUUCCCUGCCAGGCUGGAUCUCAGGACCCUGAGAUCAUGACUUGAGCCAAAGGCCGACGCUUCACCAACUGAGCCAGCCAGUCGCCCCCUCACAGUUGUUUUGGACAGAUCCUAGAGCCUUUUGUUGAGGGGAGCCCCACCCAGCGUGGGCUCAGUGACAAGUAGCAGCCUAAAUGGGCUUAUGUAAAAUUUAUAAACAAGGAAUAUGUUGCCUCUAGAACCAAAAAAAAAAAAAAAAAAAUACUGACAGAAUUUGGACUUGUAUGUCCUUCCUUGUUUGUAAGGAUUUUAUUUGGUUACUUGAAAGAGCACGAGAGUGAGAGCACAAGGGGCUGGUAGGGGCAGAGGGAGAGGGAGAAGCAGGCUUCCCAGUGAGCAGGGAGCCUGAUGCGCGGCUUGUUCCCAGGACCCUGGGUUCAUGACCUGAGCCGAAGGCAGACGCUUAAUGGACUGAGCCACUCAGUCGCCCCUGCACCUGCAUGUCCUUAACAAGUGUGUCAAACAAAUGUCCUCACAGUAGGUAGUCGUAAAUGUGAUGUCAUACCUAUGUCCCUGGAGAAGGACGGGUGCAGUAAGAUCCUGCCCACAAAGAUGUCUGUGAUAGCAGAGAGGUUUGGGUGCCCUGUGCUUAACAAGGUAAAAUGUGUCCCCUUCAAAGUCAAGGCACAUUUGACCGAGAGGAUGUUGAAAUACGCAUGGAACAGAACAUAUUGGCCAAAUCUAUAUUAGCAAAAUAUUCCCCAUCCUUAAAUUUGUUGGGCUCCCUUGUGUUUUUUUUUAAAGAUUUUAUUUCUUUAUUUUAAAGAGAGAGACACCUAGUGCACGAGCCCAGUUGGGGCGGGGGGGGCGGAGGGAAGGGCCGAGUGAGCGAUUCCCAAGCUGACUCCACCCUGAGCACGGAGCCUAACAUGGAGCUGGAUCCUAUGAACCUGAGACCAUGACUUGAGAAGAAAGCGUAGCCCACUGAGCCACCCAGGUGGCCCUAGGGGUCUCAGAGGUUUUCAGGGGACCAGGAUUUAUUUUAAUCAGGUAUGAUAAGUUAGGAAGAUAUAGAAGUAACUGUCACAAUGGAAGAAGUUUUGUAGAUUUAGAGGCCCCAAGAAAGGAGGUUCUGAGAGCCUUGCAGGGCCACCUGGGGAAGCACCAGGAUUGGUCAGGAGAAAGAGGGAGUGAAGGGAAAAUGUGGGCAAGACCCUUUAUUGUGGUUUCCAUGGGAAGGGACAGGUGAGGCAGGAUAAGCACGUUUAAGACUGGCUAGUUUGAGUAAUUUCAGGGGGCUCCAGGCCAGAGUGGUGUCUGCAGGAGUCUGUCCCGCCCUUGCGGUGAUCAGGGAGGCCAUAGUGGCCCAGAGCUGCUUAAGAUGAGGUGGUUGGCAGUAAGGGUUCUGUACCGGUUGGUUUGGAUGUGAAAGGUAUGCUCCCAGGCCAGUUGUGGACUUUUUCUAAGAAUUAACUAAGCCUGCCAGGGACAGUCCCUCCAAAGUCAGCAAGUCUGAGAUGUCAAAGCAUUAAAUACAGAAGCUAGAAAAUACGGUUAUUUUACUAGGUACAAGCAUAAUUGGAGCCCUGGUAUCGAAUCCAUGAAGGUUACCCAACUGGUACAUCUUAGCAGACAUUAACGUUAAUUCAGAACCUAUGUUUUAGAGGGCCAAAAGCCAGUUGACCUCAUUUUAUCUUUUGCCAUAUAAAUUAUCUUAGUAAAUUUGGAUUUCUUUUUUUUUUUUUUUUUUUUUUUUUACGGUUUAUUCAUUCAUUUGAGAGAGAGACAGCAAGCAGGUGUGAAAGAGCAGGAACCAGGGGGAGCUGCAGGCAGAGGCAGAGGGAGAAGCCGACUGACUCCCCUCCAAGCAGGGAGCCUCUCAUGGGGCUCAAUCCCAGGUCCCCGGGAUCACGGCUGGAGCCGAAGUCGGACGCCUAAGCAUCCGAACCACCCAGGCGCCCCUGUGAAUUUUGGAUUUCCAGUUGGGUCAAAUUGUGAACCUAUGUCGAAUUAAUUUGGGGGGGUUCCUCUUCCUGUAUCCAGUUUUCUUUCUUCCAUUCCUCCUUUUCUUGGGUUUGUUUGGUCCUGGAUAUAUGCUUGGGUUAGGGAGUGUCUUUUUACCCUGUUCAUCUUUCUCCGUUUUUUCUUCCAGAGAGUCUCCAAUCAGCAUCAUUAGGGUUGGAGCCUCUGUCGUGGCAAUGGUCGUAUGGUUUCAGGUGUCCUGGCGUAAGUCAGGGUGUGAAUUGAUACCCUCACUGUGCCACAGGGGUGCCACGGAUGUUUCCCCCACGACCCUGAGGAUGGCGAUCUUGUGCCAAACAGGUUUAGGCAGUGGGGUGGUAAGUGAAAGAGCACAGGACCCACAGCGCAGACGUUGAUAAAGCCAAAGCAUCUUCUGCUACAGCCCUACCUUCUCUCAGUGUGGACGGCUUCCCCUCCCCCCUUUUCCCACUCUACCGAUUCCCUCAGGAGACUAUUUCAUUUCUAGCCCCAUAAAGUCAUGGGUUUUUGUUUCUGUCUCCAGCUAUUCAGACGUGGUGCACAUGUUCUGGGUGUUUAUGGGGAAAGGGAGCUGGGUGGGUCGGCCCCACAGAUGACUGUCCUCUUCCUGCGGGCAUGCCAGUCCAUCUCCCCAGUGUUGGAGUCCACAGCCAGGAAGGUCAUUUUGUCCAUGGCCAGAGUGGGAGCCUCAAGGCCCUGGAUCCAGAGAUGAGUCCCUGGACGCGCUGGGAAGCAACAACACUAAGAGAAAGCAAGUGUGUGGAGGAGGGGUUUUGCACUGGGAGAGAGGUGGAGCACCAAACGGCCGACCCUCCACUUUUGUGUUUCUCAUCAGCUCCUGGGCCCUGGGCUGCCAUGGAUGUGCGCCUCCAAACCCUGAGGGCUCCGGGGGACACACGGUAACGGGGAGAGGAGCGGCAGCUGGGGAGAUGGGCAAGGCCACUCGCGUUGCCUGACCCACAGUGACUCAGGAGGCAGCCAGGGAGCCAUUCUUACAUCUCCCUGGGGUCGUGGCCCCCUUCCUUUCCACCCACAACACAGAGGGUCAUCCCCAGGACGGUGCGUGGGGUGCGCUCUCCCCACCCGGAUCUGUCUGUCUGCCCCAAGCACUGGCCCAACACCCAGUCGGUGGAACUCAAGCACCCCAGUCAGCAGGUCGUGGGGUUGCCGACCUCAGCGGGGAGCCUUGGAGACCGAUACAGGCCAGAUGGAGGUCACACUGAUGGCACCUCCCUCCUAGGUACAGUCAAGUCGCAUCUGUACUCAACUUGUUGGCAAGGAUGGGACAUUGGUUUGGAAACGGAUGGCGACCUCCAUUGGAGCUAACAGAACACGAGCUAACACACAAGCUGGCCCGCAGUUGCCAGUUCCCUCCCAGAUCGUGAUUGUCCCCUCUGAAGCCAGUUAGGAAGCCAAGGAGCACGUCAAGCUGACCCCGUGUCCUCAGUUAAGGUGGGGCCACCCUGUUUGUGAUGUCACUUGCUUUUAUUCAGCUUCUCCUCAGUUCCCUGACGAGAGAGAGAUUCCUGCUCUAGGCUUGUAGGGAUCCCUUGACACCUGACAGAUGUGACUGGCAGCAGUUGACUAGUCACAUAUUCUCACAGUUCAAGGGAGGAGGAUACCACACACUGUGCAGGGCUGCACAGGAAUUGCACUUGGGAACAGAGGGAACAAGCAGGGGCUUGGAAGGCAAGACUUUGUCCUAACAAGAAGGUGGGGCAAGUCCUGGUUCCCUUGGGAGGGUAUGAGUGGCUUGCUUGAAGAAUUCAGUGGGCUUCUAGGGAACUGAACGCUGCUCCCCCAAAUCAACAGGCACUAUGUCUGGUCCCUGUGAUGAGAAGGGUUUUUGCUUAGGAGACCUUACGUGUGAGGGAGGAGGGAGAGGAGAACUUGCAUUAGGCUGUUUCCGUCCCUCCUUGAUUGUCCCUGGUGUGAAGACAGCCCUUAAUAUGGAAUCUUCAUUUCAGGCCUUAUGCCCCAAGAGGUUAUGAAAAUGUCAGCCUUCUUACAACUACUAAUGGCAUUUCACAGUGAAACAGUAUACAGAAGAAACAUGUAAAAGUUGUAUUGCUGUAUGCUAGCAACGAACAUGUGGGCUCCACUAUCAAACAUACGUUCACAAUUACUAGUAAAACUAUACUUAGGGAUCAAUCGAACAAAGCAUGUCCAGCACUCGCAUGCCCACAGCCGUUAGCACUGAUAGAGGAAAUCGGAGAUAUAAAUAAAUGCAGAGAUAUACCAUGUUUGUGAAUUGGAAGCCUAAGCAUAGUGAAGAUGUUCAUUCUGCCCAGAUUGAUAGAUCGAUUUAAUGCAAUUCCUGUCAAAACCCAGUCAGGGUUUGUUUUCUUUUGUAGAUUGAUAGACAAGAUGAUUCUAAAGUGUAUGUGGAUAGACAGAGGAAUGAAGAGUAGUUUCAGAAACAAUUUUGAAAAUAAUAAUAAAGUGGGAACAUGCAGUGUACCCAGUUUCAGAACUUCUGCGAUAGUUUUACUAAGGACGAUUGUGUGGUAUCUGCAGAAGGACAGACACAGAUCAAUAGAACAGAACAAAGAACCCAGAAAGAGUCCCCACAAAUACGCUCAACUGAGUUUUGAAAAGGGAGCCAAAGCACUUCAGUGGGGGGAAAGCUGGCCUUGCGACAGACUACAGCCAUUUCAAGCUUGUGAUGAACACACAGACGCCAGACUCAGAAAACAGCACCAGGAGCGAAGGAAGACGGGGCUUUGACGGCGGUCCCGCCAGGUGGUGACGGGAAAGGAGGGGUAGACGGUGCCCAGGGCUCUGUGGGCGGGGCCAGAGGAGGCACCCAAGGGGCGCGUCCGCGGGCCGAGCGGGCGGGAAGCUGUCCAAUCAGCGUCUGGGCAGAAGCGCCAAUGAGCGGGAAGGUUGUUGGGCGGUUGACGUGAGCGGCGGGUCUGAGCCCCGGCAGCUGAGCGCGGCGGAAGCGAGCCCUCCUUCCCUCUCCGAGGCUGGCUCGUCCCCCCAGCGCCCGGGGACCCGGUUUCGUUGUUCUCGGUGGGGACAGCACCCCGGAACCUCCACGGCCAUGGGCGCUCGUCCGAGGACGGCCUCUUUCAGCUCCUGUUCGUCCUCCUCGACAGACCCAGACGACGAGGGAGUGCGCGGCCCUUGCGAAGAUGCUUCUCCGUGCAGAGGUGCCUGCCGGGCGCGGGGACCCAGCGUCCCCGGGGGCCUGGGGCCUGGGGCCUGGGUGGGGGGCGGGCCUGUGUCUCCGGAACACGCUCGUUCGCCAAAAGGGCGCCGUCACCUCGUGCGACCCUCGUUUCGCACGUGUGAAGUGCCCGGCGCGGGGCUUCAUUCCUGGAGCGGAGAAUGACCUCCCUUGUGCUGUGCGCCAGGCCUGGGGGGAGCGUGACUGGGAAUGCGGCCUGCAGCAGGCCGGCGGGGUCUUGGCCUCCUUGGGGCUCGAGUCCUUAUGGAAGCCCGACGAGAAGCAAGGAAGUCUAGCGUUGAGAGGGGAGGAGGAGUGCAGGUUCUUCCUCUUGCAUAGGUCACAUUCCGUUGGGGAUCGUCAGGGUGCCCGUUGUGCACCUGAGAUCAGGUCAGUCAAGGUGUGUUGGGGCGGGGCGGGGGGGAUGGUCUGCCCAGGAGCACGUAGUAGUGGUGCGCAGAGCCAGGACUUUGCAGAGCUCUUGCGUGUCUGCCGCAGGAGGCUGCGUUCUAGGGGUGCAGUGGGGGCCGUGUUGUGAGCACAGAUAGGUGUCGGAAAGCCCAGGCUGGGGUGUAGUUCGUUCGUUCGUUCGUUCGUUCAACAGAAAGUGUUGAGAGUGUACUUCGUGGUAGGCCCUUCUCUUUGGGGGGGUGGGGGGGGUGGGUAUUCAGCGAUUGGGAACCCAGGAUAAAUAGGACAGAUACGGCGUCUACCCUAUCACCACCUGGUUGGAAAAGACUGGAAGCAAAUAAUUGCCCAUGAAAUACAUAAUUACCGUUUUGCUUCGAGUGCUGAGAACUACGGGGUGCAUUCGAGUUUGUCUUUUAGGCAGUAAUGUUUAAGCUGAGAACAGAAGGCUAAGAAAAAAACGGGGAUGUGGGAGGGUGUUCACUUAGAGCAGGGAAGGAGUGUGAACUGUGAAAGGAAUUGAGGGAAUGCCCUUGAAGCCGGGGCCACGUAGGGACUGUAGGGACUGUAGGGUGGGCAAGCCAAGGUUCGGGGUUAAGACUUGCAGUUUUUGUAGGUUCCUGGAGACUAAACAUAGUGAUUUAAGACAUGGAGUCCAGAGCCAAGCUGAUCGGAGCUCUGCCUCUUAUGAGCUGUGUUCCUAAACCAUUCUGGGUCUCAGUUUCCUGAUGUGAGAAAUGGAGAUGAUGAUAAUCCCACUUCUUAGAUGAUUGUAAAGAUAAAUGAUAUUUAACGUUAAUGAAACACGUAGAGCCCUGUCUGACAUGUAGUGGGUGUUAGUGGUGGUUGAUUAAAUAAAGAGGUAAAUACAUACAUUGGUAUUGAAGACUUGACGGUAGUGUGUGGUGAAAUUUGGGAAGCUAAAAGCCUUCCAGCCAACUUCAUUUCUUCUCCAGUGUUCAGGUGCUGUUGACCACAUGUGUAGAACUGUUGAAUUAGAAAUAAUGUUCGCAUAUCGACUGCUACUUGCUAAGAGACUCUGAAGUGCCAUUGAAAUAAUCAGAAAAUACUUUUCAGUAGCAUAGUAUAAUUUUAUUUAAAAUGUAUUGGUAGUCUUGAUUAUUUAGUAUUUGUUGGUAAACGUUUUAGCAAACUUGCCUACUUAAAACAAAGUAAGUUAACUGUAGAGUAAUUCAGACACAGCCAAAGGACAGAGAAGUAAUAUAACUAGAGCUUUCCUUUUCUUGACUCUCUAGGGGAUAGUUUUUGUAAUUUCUCUGUUCUUCUUUGCCUCAGUUUUCGAUGCCCCCCUGUGUCUGCAGCCAUCUAAACAUUGUAGGGCAAGUUUGGGUUUGGAAUUGCAGAGAGUACAGUGGUACCCAGCCCAGAGUGCACAUCAGCAGAGCCUGUGGGGCUAUUUAAAGAAAACACAGAUGUUCACGUCCUCCUCUACACUCACUGAGUCAGAGUCUUCUGGGAUGGGCCCGGGGCUCUAAAGACCACGUAUAUUUGUCAUCUGGUUGCAUUUCAUGAAAGCCUUUUUUGCACCGGGCUUUCCUUUAUCUGAACAACAUGCAAGAAGAUUGGGAGAAUCCAUAAGUUAACGUUUGAGGACAUUUUGCAGGGCUCUGUCCUUCCAAGUUCUGUGAUACCGUGAUGUGCAUCUUCACUGUAGUGUGUUAAACCCUUAAACUUUGUCAGAAAGUCAUGUGAUUAAUAACGUAGAGAUUCCUUGCGUGAAUCGUGGGCAGAUCACUUUGUGCCUCAGUCCUGUGUUUGGAAUGGGGAUAAAAAUGGUAGCCCACCUUUGGGAUGUAAGGAUUAAAUGAGCAAUAGAUCCAAGGCAGUUAGCACCGGGUCUGACACAGAGUGAAGCCUUCCCUAAAUAAUUCUUACUUCUUUUGCUUUCCCUCCAUUAUUUAUUUAUUUAAAUACAGAUUUUAUUUACUUCUUUAUCUUAGAGAGAGAGAGAGAGAGAGUGCAUGCCCCUGGCGUGGGGCCAGAAGAGGAGGGAAAGGGAGGGGGAAAGAAUCUCCAGCAGAAUCCACACUGAGUGUGGAACCCAACUUGGAGCUCAGUCUCGGCACCCUCAGAUCAUGACCUGAUGUGAAAUCAGGAGUCGGACGCUGAACCAACUGGGCCACCGAGGCGCCCCUUGAUUUCCCUCCAUUCUGAAUAUUAUUUGGUUCCAGCUAUGUCCUAGCUGUGGGUUAGGCUGGUUCCUGCUGCCCUAGGUUACAGCCAUAAAGCCCCUAAAAUCGCACUAAGAAAGCCAGUUAGCCUCCCAGGACACCUAGGAUUCCCUCCAGGAAAGGGAACCAUCCCUUCCUCCCGUGACGGUGGUCAGCAUCCUCCACAAAGGCCACUGGAAGCACAGCUGUCGUUAAACACAGUGGCUUCGUUACUCAUCCUGAGGGGGAACCCACGUCAUGGGGACUGUGGGGCUGAUCCGUAAGAAAGAGGGUGUUAGAAAGAACUUACAGGAUUUGGGCUUUGGGCGGAUGUUUUUGGGAGUGUUCAAGGAAGCAGGGGUGUGCUCUGGUCUGGGUGCUGAGGCGAGGCGAGGCGAGACAGUUCUGGGAUCGGGUAGCUCCAUCAGUGUUUUCUAGAAGGAGGUGUGAAGAGCGUGACGGACGGUGUCAUUCACAAGGAAGACACUCGCUGGUAUCAGGCGGGAGAGAGGAGGAUUGGCAUUUGGGGGUGGGCACGACAAGCUGGUUUUUGUCUGUUUGGACAAAAGAGCAAGGGGUCCUCUUUGGUGUCCCUUCAUCACCGGGGCCACGGCACCUCAAGCUGCUGUUCUGCGAGGUCAUUUGCGUGCAACCGGAGAAGCACGUGGCGUCUCCUGGAGCGCCAGGCCCGCGGCGACCAGCCGUGCAGCCCGGCUCAUGGUGCCAGGCCGCCUCCUCGAUGUCAGCACUGCUCUUGCUUCUUUGCCAGUGGAGGGGGGAAGCCUUCAAAAGACAAAUAGGUGUUUGCAGGGCAGAAGAAACUAGCCUGGCCGUGGAAGCCCAGGGCUGUGUCAUCGGCACCUGACAUUGGGCCAGGGAGCGGGGAGCAAGAGAGAAUUCUGGGGAGGUUGUCAGAGAAUGACUCGUGCGAGGACCAAGGGGUCAAGUGGGGGAGCUGACGUGCUCCGGGUUUUCGGACGGUCCCCAGGAGCCUCGUGGGAGAUGCACUGCUGACAAAGAGCAGGUCUGUUCCCCUUUCCUUCCCUGUGGCCACAGCCCUGGCUCCGGUCCCUUCUCCUACCUGCUCUGUUGCAGCAGGUCCCUCUUGUUCUGCCUGCUUCUCAUCCAGCUCCCUCUCCCAUCCACGUGCUCCUGCUCUGGCCAGGGUGAUCUUCUUGGAAUCCCACAUCUUCUCCUGUUACUGCGUUCCUCGAAACCCUUUGAUUCCCCAUCAGCCACAAGGUGAGAAUCUGUACUGUGUGGCGACUCACUUUGCUUUUCCUGAUCCUCUCACGGUUCCCUGGGUCUCCCGCUGCCAACUGGAAAUCUGUAUUUCAAUGUCUCCGAAUUAUGGCAAAUCCAUUCUUUCCAAAACUUCUCAAGAUCCCCUUCCUGUAUUCUCCUCCUCGCCACCCCCCCCACCCCACCCCAACUCCGUGAAUCGGGCCACUGUGUCCUUCAGGUCCCACGUGCAAAAGGGAGGAGUCCUCUUGGAACUCUGCUUUUACUUCCUUACCCCCUUGUGUGAUCAUUCUCCCAGACCUGUGAUUUUAUCUGCUAAAUAUCUCUGGAAUCUACCUCCUUUUCUCCACCUCUGCUUUUGCCCUCUCAUUCCGAGUUAAGGUCAUUUGUGGUCUGCGCCAUGGUUCUAGUCUGCUUACUGAGCUUCCAGGCGCUUCUACCGCCUCCAAAUCCCUAUCUCCCCCUGAAGCCAGAGGUUUGUGGAAGGCCCAUUCGUUCAUGUCACUGCCUAGUUUCCUGGCUUCUUGUUGCCGUUCGAGAUAGACCGAAACGUUCCUUCUGUGUGUGCACGGCUGCUCCGUCCUUCUUCUCCAGUCUUGCCUCCCGCUCGCCUUCCCUGCUGUACUCGAUCCGGUCAUUCCUUCCAAUGUGCCCUGUGCCCGCCGGCCUUGGGGCGGCUCGGCUGCUCCCUCUGCCCAAGAUGCUCUUUCCCCCACCCGCCUUGCCUCACGAGCUCUCAUCUUCCCUCAGAUGACUGCAGCAGUCACUGCACAUUCUUUAUUGAACGCCUUCUCAGUUGCCAGAGGCUCGGUUCUUGUGCGCUUCCCGAUGUGACCCAGACAGACCUCGGUGGAGCUGUUAGGGAGCCUUUCUUCCAGGGAGAGAAGCAGCCAGGAAACACAGAGGCAAGGAAUCUGGCGCAUCAGGGGUCCUGGAUGCUGUAGGAGCGUUGGAAGGGGUUGUCCUCUGAGCUGGGAUGGCCAGGGACGGCCCCCUGAGGACAAGAGUGGGGAAAGCCUUGCAGGAGGUUGAGGGAGUGGGCCCUGUGCAUGUCUGUGGGAACAGUGUCCCAGGCAGAGAGAAGGGCGAGUAGGAAGCCCUCCGUGGAGGGAGCUGGCCUGACUUGUUCCAGGAAUGACAAGGCCAGAGUGAGGGAGAAGGGGAAGAGUAGCAGAUAGGGUGUUAGGGACCUGGGAUGGUGGCCACUGGGGGAUUUUGAACUGAAGAAUGAGGUGACCUGACUUGGGUUUUAAUGGGAUGAGUUCAGCUUCUCUGUUGAGAACAGCGAGGGGGGAAGCAGGGCGAUGAGUUAGUAGGCUCCUGGAAUAUUCCAAGUCAGAGAUGCUGCUGGCUUGGAUCAGGAUGGUAGGGGUGGAAGUGCUGAGAAUCGAUCCAGAUUCUGGGUACGUGUUGAAGGGAGAGCUGAUGGGAUGUACUGACAGAUGGGAUGUGGGUGAGGCCGAUGAGUCCAAGAAGGUGCCCAGCCUUCUGGCUCGUGUGAGAUGCGGCUCCCUCCGGAGGCCCCUGACACCCUCGACAAGGUCCAGCCCCUUAUCUGUUCUCUGUGCAUCUCCUCUGGGGCAGUCAGUCCCGUUGCUCCGCAGACAUCUCGUUUAAUGUUUGUCUGCCCCGUGGGAAUAGCGGUGCCGAGAGGGACCAUGUGUGUCUCAGUGCCAUGAGCCUUGUAGACCCCUAGUAAGUAUUUCUGAGCCGGCCGAGUGAUGAGGAACUGAAUGGAGAUGCUCAUGGUUCUCUUUCCUGAUGAGGGCUCCCAAUUCCCAUGUUCUGUUUCCCUGGUUUUGAGUGGUCUGUGUGUUUUAGAAACCAGGCCAGGGGCUGUAAGACGGAAAUGGUAUUGUGAGAAUUGCAGAAGUUUCUCUGAUGUCAGCCGCGUCGAAAAACGUCGCCCUCGACGUGCAAGUGGGUCAGAGGAUCACCUCUUGGGAGAGGCAGCAUUUUCUGGAGGGCCUAGGCCUUGCAGCUCACUGAUGGCAUCUUCCCGGCUCUGUCCAGAGUGCAGGGCUGGGAUUUUGAUCUGAAAUAUUCUGAAGGUGGGGGCUGCUGCUUUUCCUCCCCAGAGAAGACAUGUCACUUGCGGAUGAGAAUAUUCUGGUUAGGAUAAAUUAGCUGCCAAAUUUGCCCAUCAAGAAAGUCGAAUAAAUAAUGGCUUUACUGGAUUUGCGCUGCCUCCCCCCCAUUUUUUCCAAAAGGGAACAAAUUAAUUUUUGAAAAGAUCUGUGAAAAACAGUGGUCUCAGAUCUAGAAUACGAAUUAUUUUUCUUUUAUGGUUAAUUUUUUUUAAGGUUUUAUUUUUAAGGGAUCUCUCUGUACCUAACUUGGGGCUAGAGCUCAUAACACCCAGAUCAAGAGUCACAUGCUCUUCCAACUGAGCCAGCAAGGUGCCCCUUCAGGGUUAACUUUUUAAAUGACAAAAGUGAAUACAUAUCCCCCACUCAGCCUCAUUUGAAUAUAGUGUGCCUACAGGUUUUCAUGCCUACAGUUUUCUAAUGUCUGAAUGUAUUUCCACAGUGGGGUUGUACUUUACGUGACGAUUCUGUUUGUUAUUUGGGUGGCUAUGAUUUUGCUAUUAAGAUAGGGCUGUGAUGAACAUCUUUGCAUGUGUGUUUGAGUUUUCCCUCGAGAUAGAUUUCAGGGUAAAAACUUCUGCAAAAUGAUCCUCAGGAGUGGUUAUGUCAUUUUUGGUUCUCACCCAUGGUAAAUGAGAUGCUAAUCACAGAGUAUUUCUCAGUCUUUUAAAUUUUUUGUCAAGUGGCAGGGGAAAAAUAAUGCCUGUUUUCAAUUUUUAUCUCUCUCUCUAUCUAUAAAUGUAUGUUUUAUAUUUAAAUUUAAAUACGUAUUUAUUUUAUAUAUAUUUGAAUUUAUAGAUGUAGCUCUAUGUAUUUAUACACAUACAAACAUAUUUCUAAAGAUUUAUUUGAGAGCGAACACGGGGGAAGGGCAGACGGAGACGGAGAGAGAGAAUCUCAAGCCGAUUGCCCACUGAGUGCAGAGCCUGAAUGGGGCUGGAUCCCACAACCCUAAGACCAUGAUCUGAGCCCAGAUCAAGAGUCAGAUGCUUAACCGAUUGAGCCAGCCAAGUGCCCCUUACAUUUAUAUUUUUAUAAUCACCUGUAAUACUGAGCAAUUUUAGUUGGUCCCUAUCACUGAUACUUUUUUCACGGAUACUUUUUUACAUGAAUCCUCGCUCGUUAUCAUUUUCCUGCUGGGUUGUUGUCUUUUUGUUUGGGUAUUUAUAUUUUUCUUAUUGAUUUGUAGGAACUUUUUAUAGGUCGGAUAGUAGUCCUUUGCCUCUGUACUCGUUGCAGUAUUUUCUCCCAAACGAUUGUCUUUCGGUUUCGCUUGUACCAUACAUUUCAGGAUACAUUUCAUUCUGAAUCUCUGUGGUGCCCAAUCUCAUAGUCUAACUUUAUAGCUUGUGGCUUUGGAUAAUGCUUCAAAAGACCAUUUUCAAUCGCUGCAUUUUCUUUUAGCACUUUUAGGGUUUGGGCUUCUGUUGCUUAGACCAUUCAUCUGUCUUUAUUAUUUUGUAUGUUACAAGGUAGCACUUUUGUCCCUACACCAUCUAGUGAUGGUCUGUAUCCCCCAUGGAUUUGAAAGAGCCCUUAAAUGCUAAAUUUUUAUAUAUACUUUGACACAGACAUGGGUAUAUCGUUCUUCACUUCCAGUUGGAAUUGCUUUUUUCCUUUUGAUGCCUGAACAUUUUGCCUUGCGAUAUAACUUAGUUGUGAAUUGAUUGAGAGCGCCUAUAGCUUGCUUCUAGAGUAAGAAUAGGUUUGUACCGCUGAAUAGCACCCUUUUCUUAGUUCAUUUGAGCAGCUGUACUCCAGGAAGGAAGAAAAGAAAGGGACCCUGACAAAAAACAUGUGUCUAAGCCUGUGAAAGCAAUAGCUUUUUAGGUAGUCCUGCCAUGUAGACUUCAACAUACGUGUCAUUGGCUGGAAGUCGUCAUGUGGCCCUACCCCUAGCUGCAGGGACGUGGCGGGGGGGAGAAUUUCUCACAGGGCAGAUUAAUACCUCGAACAAAAUUGGGGCCCUCUUCGUAAGGAAGCAGGCGUAAGUGGAUAUUGAAAGGGGAA